AUGCAGAGUACUUCAAAUAGCUUAAGCACUUCAAGCACUCAAAAUACCUCAAAUGUCUUAAAUACUUCAAGUACUCCAAGUGAUUCAGGAUCAAAUAUACAAACUGUCAAAAGUGUUAAUAUAGAAAAUUCUGUAGAUAUGCUUUAUUAUGAUACCAAACCAGAUGAUCAUUUUUUAAGUGACAAUGAGAAUCUCACUGACAACGCUUCAAAAAAUGAGUCAACCCUAGCCUAUUCUAAUUUUAAACGAAAAGACAGAGAAUUAGUUGAUGAAGAUGAGAAUAUCAACAAAAAAGCUUGUCUCGCUUCAACAAUUAGAAGUAUGCAUAAUGUGCAACUUCAAAUAGCAACUACGAUCCAAGAUAUGAAACAAAAAAUUGAUGAGAUACAUGGAAAUUUGAAAGUUAUUUCUGCAAAUUAUAAAGAAAAUGAUGCAAAGUGGAUUGAGGAUGCUAUUGGUGGAGCAGUUUACAAAAAAAUUGGACAAGUUAAAUAUCCAAUUGACGAACAACUUAUGAAGGUGUGUUAUGAUGCGCUAUCAGAUAUAUACGAGGAUGAGUUUCAAAAUAAAAUAAAAAACAGUGGAUGGCCACAUUUUUUUCACAAGAAUGUUCGUAAAAUAGCUCAGAAGUUUGCGUACCAGGGUAGAAGCAGUAUUGUUCAGCGUAUAAAGGAUACUGUCCAUAGUGAAUUUACAGAACUAGUGAAACCCAAAACUGAGAACAGGCAGAUUUCACACGAAGAGGAACAGAAGUUCAAAGAUGCUGAUAUUACAUGA